GCUUUGCUCUUCCCUGUAAAUAUCCCUUGAUAACUUGUACUUGAUGGUGUCUUUCAUUCUUGGAAUGCUAAUAUUUUUCUGCAAUUCUUAUUCCUUCCGUUAUACUUUAAUCUUUCUUAUCUCAUAUACAAGUUUCCCCCUCUGAUAGUAGUCUCCAAAGUUGGGAUUUUUUUUUUCUUGACAAAAAAAAAGAAAAAGAAGAGUGCAGAGUAUGGGGUUGUUUCUGGAGCUCCUUCUGACAGCCUUUGUGGCUUUGGUUUUCUCUUUUGUUAUUGCAAAGUUGGUUUCAGUUGCUGUUCCCAGCAGUAGUGAGGAAAAGAAUCUUGAUCAAAAGGUUGGAGCAGAGGAGGUGAAGGUUGAUAAAGGGUUAAAAGUUGGGAGGGCUAAGAGCAAGAAAAGGAGAGUGAAAUUUGUGGAUGAUGUUGUGGUUGGAAACGUUGUUCACCUGGAGAGUUCUGAGGAACCCGUUAAAAAUUUUCAUACAAGUGAAAGUAUAUCCGAAAAAGUUGGGAUUUUGGAUAAGUCGUUGGAGGCUGAUUAUGGAUUUGGGGGUGAAAAAGUGGAUAAAAAAUCUGAAGUACUGAGGGCUUAUGGUGAGAAAUUGGUUGAGGAACGUGCUCAUGAAAAUAUGACGAGGGAUGCAAAGGAUGGUGAUGUGGAAGGGAAAAAAGGGUCUGAAGAUGUUCAACUGUUGGAUGAGGCAAUCGACGGUGAGGCUGUCGAGGGAAAGAAAGAAGUUGCUACAUUUGGUGAACUUUGUAGUGAAAAGAAUGAAGAGGUGGUUGGUAGUGGCUUCAGAGAUGUGUUAGUUGGAGAGGAGAUGAAAACUGAGGGUAUUGGUGGUGAAGACGGGCUAAAAUUGAUGAGUGAUGGGAGUGAUCAAAAUGAUGUUGUUGAAGGCAAAAAAGCGUCUAAAGAUGUUGAAUUGUUGGAUGAGUCAUUCCAUAGAGAAGCUGUUGGAGAAAAGAAUGAGCAUGCUAAAUUUGGUGAUCUUUGUAGUGUAAAGAAUGAAGUUGUGGUUGGUAGUGGCUUGGGAGGUGUGGUGAUUGGAGAGGAGAUAAAAACUGAAAGUACUGGUGAUGAGAAUGAGCUAAAGUUGAUGAGUUAUGAGAGUAAUCAAAAUGAUGCUGCAGCUGGAGAAAAGUUGGCUGCUAAUGCAGAGUACUUAAAUAAAGAGUUGGACAGAGAGGCUGUUUAUGAAAGGGGUAAACAUACUGCAAUUGAUGCAGACAAGGUCUAUGACAGCAACACUCAAAUGGUGAGUGGAAAUUUGGAUGAUUUGGUUGUUUCAGUGAAGGUAAAGUCUGAGGUGAAAUUGGCCUACGAUGAUAUCUCCCUUCCUCAAAAUGAGGAAGGCAGAGUUGUGAGUACUAAGGAGGGCAAUGCGAUUGGAAUCGUAGAGGACUUGAGUAAAGAAAAUGAAGGGGUGGAGGAUAAGUAUAUACUAAGGGAUGAGAAAAUCGAUCAUAGUGCUGCUUCUGAUGAUGAUGACUGGGAGGGAAUAGAGAGAAGUGAGCUAGAGAAGGUGUUUGCUGAAGCUGUUAAUUAUGUGGAGUAUGGGGCGAAAAGAAAGGAUGAACAGUUGGUGAGCUUGGGAAGUGAUGUGCUGGUGCAAUUGUAUGCACUUCAUAAACUUGCAUUGGAAGGGCCAUGCCAUGAUCCCCAGCCAAUGGCGCUUAUGUUCUCUGCCCGAGCCAAAUGGAAUGCGUGGCAGCAACUGGGAAACAUGAGGCCAGAGGUCGCAAUGGAGGAAUAUAUCAAGAUUCUGUCAGACAACAAUCCUGGUUGGAUGCAACAUUCUUCUGCUGAAGAUGAACGGCAUGGUUCUUUAAAAUCCGAAACUGGAGUAUGUGGCAAUCCAGAUACUGAGUCAAGCUCUGUUCAGGACCCUCAGAUUAGCUUUGAAGUUGGAAAGACGAAGAAUGAGAAAGUUGAUUAACCGCUUGUGUUGGCAACAAAUUUGGCUCCUUCUCCCGAAAUAAAAGCACAAUGUAAUUUUUCCAACCAUGUGCAGUGUGGAUUUGAACCGUUUGGCUGUUUGCUAUCAUUCAUCUCUCCUUGGUGAUGAUUAUGAUAGUGGUCAUGCAAGUUAUAUAUAUAUAUAUAUGUAUAUAUGGAACAUCAGCAUUUGUCCAGAGAUCGAUUGGCCUCUUGACUUAAUCAAUAAUUCUUUUCACGUA